CUCUCCUCUUUCUUCUUCGCACUCUGGUUUUGCUGUCUCCGCAGCGACGACGCCACCACAUAAAUUCGUCUCUCUCUCUCUCUCUAUCUCUAUCUCUAUCUCGAUCGCUCUGUAUCUUCUGCGAUUGCCGAUUCGGUGUUCUCCGUCCGGAGUUCGAAAAAGGUCUCAUUUUUAUUCCAGAAUCGAGUCCGCAAGGUUAUGGAAUCCUAACUUAGUUGUGAUUGGACUAACUUUGGCUGGAUGAAUCUCGCUAUCUUUUCUUGGAUUUUGAGAGCUGGAAUUGGGAUAUUAGCAUGAGCACUCAGAUGACCAAAACUCCUCCUCUAAGAGGAUAUCGGCGUCGAAAAGCAGUACUGAAUUUAGACCUUAACAAUGAGCCACCAGUUGAAAACCGGGAUCAGGAAGGUACUUCAACUCAAGUUGUGUCUCAGCAAGUGGAGGAUAGCCAUCAGGGGCAACAACCCCUGCACCAUGCUGCAAUUGAUGUUGAGGCCAUUGAUGAUGAUGUUGCCUUUUGCUCACCCAGGGCAUUUGCUGAAGCGAAAAACAAAUCCCGGAGGAAUCAGUCGAGGACUGAAGUAAUUGAAGUAGAGUCAGAUGAACAUAACACAAGGUUUGCCCACAAUAACCCUAAGCGCAGAAGAUUUCCUGCAAAUCAAGAUAGUGUAAACUGCGGUCUCUACAUAAAUUUGGAAAGCAGUAAUAAUCAUGUGAAAGAAAAUGUGGUGAACCCGCCGCCGCCGCCGCCGCCACCAAAGGAGCCAACAUUCAGUUGUCCAAUCUGCAUGGGCCCAUUAGUCGAGGAGACAUCUACAAAAUGUGGUCAUAUUUUUUGUAAAGCCUGCAUUAGGGCUGCGAUAACUGCACAGGCUAAGUGCCCUACGUGUAGGAAAAGAGUCGUCAUGAAAGAUCUCAUCAGGGUCUUUUUACCUGCCACCACAAGUUAAAAGUGAGAUUUCUCUCUGUUGAUGGAUUGCUCUUUGCUUUGAUCCUGUACUCCAAAUUUAUUGGUUAGGAAAAAGUAUGAUCUGUAAAGUGUACCUCCUCCUCCGCAAAAAAAGGCACCUGUGAAAGGAUAGAAUUCUCUCUGUGGAGAGUCUGCUGUUUUAGCUCGAAAUGCCAAAUCUCUUUUGCUGGAAAAAAGAGUUGCGAAACAGUAAUUUCAAAUGAUAUGGCAGUUGCCGAACUUGAUUUCGUGGCUGUA